ACAUAGUGAGGAGCCAUCUGGGCGUCAAGUUCUGCAGAGAAAAGAUUUAGCUGGAACAAGUCCUGGCGACUGUUGCAACAUGUUCAAGAAGAUACCUGGCAGGACUGUGCAUUGACAAGUUCCAGUUAUGCAACGUAACCAUCACGCUUGUGCCCGGCCCAUGGCCGAGAGACUCCUGGUUCUUAAGAGAUUCGAACACGGAAGGCAUUUGAUUAUUAGAUUCAGAAGGGAGGGACGUGGACAUUGUCCAGACCAUAGAGACUGGCUACUCCUGAUCACACUCACCUUUUCAUACACGAGAAAGCUAUAAAGGAAGCCGAUUGCAACAUCUUUAAGAAGAAGUCAUAGCGAGUCUUGCCUUUAAUAUGCUAGUUGGUGUCUUGUCAUUCAGAGGCAUUGGACAAAGUUCCAGACUAUAACAUCCUGUCAAUGAUGUGACUUUGAGUACCCUCUGGAAAACUGCAAAGGAACAUGUAUUCUAACAUAUUGGAUUGGCAAGGUCCUACCAAAGAAUUUGCAAAGAAGAAGCAGUCCUUAAACAACAGCUUGAAUAUGUUAAGGUACAGUACAGAAGAAGAUGUCGAGAACAGAUCCUCCUUUAUACGGGACUCAAGAAGCAUGAAGAGGAUGGAAAGCAUGAGCAGGACUCCAUCACCUGCCACAAUAAGUAAAAGGAAAAGAGGAAUGAGAGGAAGCUUAUGGAGUACAACCGGAUCACUGCCAUUUGGUGGAGCAUGGAUCUCAGCAGCGAGUUUUGAUGCUGAUGCUCAAGAACAACAGUCACAAGAUUUAGUACUUGACCCUGUGGAACAUGCAUGGAUGAUAAUGGCUGCAGAAGGCAACUUUGAGGAUCUACAGGAUUCACUACAGCAGGAUCCAAGUCUGCUUUACAAAAGAGAUUUUGUAACUGGUUACUCUGUGAUACAUUGGAUUGCCAAACAUGGCCACCAUGAGGAUUUAAUUAGACUUAUGGAUUUUGUAAGUGCUGGUGGCUACUUCUUGGAUAUCAACACUCGUGCUAGUGGUGGUUUAACCUCACUCCACAUUGCAGCACUACAGGGGCAUGACAUACUCAUCAAAGUUCUGGUAGGGGCAUACAAUGCAGAUAUUCAUAUUCGUGACCACAAUGGCCGAAAAGCUUGGCAAUACUUAAAGCUCAAGGCUGAUAGGAAUCUUUUCAUACUCCUGGGUGCUCCUGAAGAUGAGGAAAAUGGUGCAAUGGCUGGCAUAAACAAUAACAACAACAGUCAUGGAGCUACUCUGCAGAAAAUGACACCACGGGACUAUGAUGAACUGGAUUCUUUACCUAAAGUAGCAUUGUCAGUUGCACCUUUCAGGAAUUUUAUAAGGAGUGCUUAUAGUUUCCUUAAAAACUGGUAAAUUUGUACAGCAUGGUAUGUCAACCAUUACAAUUUAUAUUAAGGAAUUGCACUAGUCCAAAUGAAACAAUAAUAAGUGAAGAAUAACUAUUUGCAUACUUUUUGCAUGUGAAUAAAAUGAUGGAAUAACAUCCAUCCGCACAUGUCAACAAAGAAAAGAGAAUUUUAUUGUGGGUGAUUCCAAAAUCUGUUUUUAUGGAAAGAUUCUUGUUGGUAAAUAUUUUUCAUGUAAGUUGCCCUUGGGUUAUUGUUAAAACAUUACUUUAAGUGGAUUUCCCAGGAUUGUUAAACAUUUUGAGAAUAGACUGGGGAAAAAAAUAUGACUCUACAUUUAUUACUCUAGACCCUCACUGGUCCUGGGCAGACCUAGCUAGGGACACUGUAGUGGAGGCAAUGCUGGAAUGGGGGUAAAUUUGGGCAUUACUAAAGUCAUAUAUAAGGAUCCAGAACAAGUUUUUUUUCUAUUUAUCAUUGCAUUUGAAUCCACUUCUAGUCUUGGCUCAAAAAAUUAAAAGACAAACUGCCACAAAAAGGUGUGUGUAAACCCCCUCCUUGGGACAGUUGCGUAUAUAAAAAAAAAAAAAUACCCAAAAAACCUAUAAACCUAAAAUGAAAGAAGCAAUCUGAUUGGUUGCUAUGGGCAAUGUUUCCUCUGCACAGGUUUUGAUAAAUCUCCCCCUUGGUGUAGAUUUUAAUUGAAACUAGCUUCUGCUUGCAGCUGUAAGUUUUAGUAAAUCUGUCAUUUGCAGGAGAUGGUGCCUCCUUCCCUUAAGGCCUUAUCCUCUUUACAGCAAGCCCCACCUACUUGUCCAGUUAGGCGUAAUGUUGUAAAAGCCUCACAUUUUUGGGCAAAAUGGGGUUUGAUGUGUUCAAUAAAUCCCCCCUCUCAUUCUUCUAAACAAUGACUAAAUAUAAAUGAAGAUCAGUCUCAAAGGAACAUUUUAUGCAAGAUGCUGGUUAUUUGCACAGAAACUACCUGCAAGUUUACUGGUUAAAUGGGGAGAUUUAUCAUUGCCUUCAUGACAUUUAAUAGGCUGAAAUUUGGCGCAAAAUUUUUGCACAGUUAGUUUUUUUAUUUUGUCUAUGCAGUGGACGAGAUUUAUAAACUGUGCCUUUUUUAAAAAGGCACAAAAAUAAUGUGCAAAUGUUCAAAUAAAUUCUAAUUCAUACUACCUCUGCCUUGCUUUAAAAAAGUGACAUCCCACAGCAAGUUCCGAUUUGAUUUUUCAUUUAUGCAAAAUGUAUUAAAGUCUGUCCGCAGUUUUGAUAAAUCUGAUGCACAUAAGCCAAAAACACAGCAAAAAGGUUGUAAAGUGGCUGCACAUAUAUUCAUAAAUCUCCCCCAAAGUCCAGGGCCAAAAACCAUGCCCCAGAUGUAACAUUAGCUCUUAUUGGACUAGUACUGCCAUCAUUGAUCUUUAAGUCUUAAAAAUGUAUAUUUUAAACAGUUGUUUGUCUCCUAAACCCUUCUUGUAUUCAUGUUUAUGUGUAUACCUUGAUGGACUUACAUAUGAAAUAUUUUGAGGUACAAUGUGCUGUACUGAGCCAACAAUUUGAUAACUUGGUUAUAAACGUAAUUCGGUUAAUAUAUUCUGUGGCAUUUUUCUGUGUGUAUAUUGUUUACUCUUUAAUGCCCUAUAAAUAGUGAGAAAACAAUAAAAAAAAACUCAAACAUACAGUACAUGAUCAAAGUUAAAACAGAUGUGGCAUUCAGGAUAUCCUGUGACAUAGAUCGGCCUACGUGGGCUUACAACUGCAAUUCACUGUACACAUAUCAAACUAGAAGUGGUGACUUUCUAAGAAUAGCGCAGAAGACUGAAUCCAGUACUGCUGGGUGGAGCCCUCCUUAGUGUAACCUUUUAAUAUUGGCCUUUAGAAAUUGCUAAAUUUCAAGCAAUACUUCUAGAGUAGAGUACCUCAGUAACAUGGGGAACCUUUAUUAAAACUUGUUCAUAGGAAAAGUGUAGCAGUUGUCCAUAGCAACCAAUCAGAUUGCUUAUUUUAUUUUUACAAAAGGCCUUUGAAAAGUAAAAGAAGCAAUCUGAUUGGUUGCUAGGGGCAACUGGUCAACUUUUCCUCGCCACAGGUUUUGGUAAAUCUUUCCCAUGGUGCUGUGUAAAGGCCUUCAGUACACCAGGAGUCACUUUCAUAUGGUAAUAUUAUGGUCAGUAUGGCCCAACAUGUCACACUACACUGAGCUUAUUGGCAGCUGCAGCGAUGUCCCGCCUUGGCCAGUUUUAAGCCGAGCUGCAGUGUGAUGUAACAGACCCGGGCACCAGGAAGAAGGCAAACCAUAUGUAAUUUGACACCUUUCAUUCAUCAUAAAAUGGUGGAAAAAAAUUAUUAUGUUGGGGGAACUGAAAAAGCACAAUUUUGCAACUUUGUAUCCUGACCCCUAUAAAUGUAUUAGGGCUAAUUUUUGCACCAUAAACUGUAGUUUUUAUUGGUACCAUUUUUAUUUUCAUGGGUCUUUUUGAUCACUUUUUAUUCUUUCUUUUCUGAUGACAUGAGACCAAAA